AUGCCACCGCGAAAGGAACCAAGUAGAGUUGGCCCUAGGCCGAUAAGGGGUGAUGUUAGUGAAAGCUCUAGCUCAAAUCCCAUAGAGCAAGUUAAUGAGGAUACACUUCUUAGGGACUUGAUUCCCCCGAGAGGUGUCUCCACUAGAAGGGAUGAUAUUAGGAUACACAUUGAAGAGGGUGAAGUACCACAACCGGUAGUUCAGGUACAAGAGACGGCAGUGCAAAAAUGUCUUAAGUUGAUUACUGGGUUUUCAAAGUUGAUGCCAAUGAUGUUUGAGGGUGGUGCGGAUCCAAUGGUAGCGGACGACUAUAUGGACCAAGUGGAAAACCACUUGACUUCUAUGGAUGUGACAGAUGAUCAUCUGAAAAUCAUCUUGGCUACUUACAAGUUUUCUAAAGAUGCCAAGCUUUGGUGGAAGUUGGUCAUUAAUCAACACAAGGUUGAGGAUAUGAUUUGGGAGAUGUUUAAAGAGCUAUUCUAUGAGAAGUAUUUUUCGGUUACCAAGAGGUGGGAACUAAGGAAGCAGUUUGAUGAUCUCAUUCAAGGUAACAUGUCGGUGAUUGAGUACGAAAACAAGUUUACUUCUCUUUCUCGCUUUGCCUCAGAGAUAGUGAAAAGUGAAGUUGACAAGACAAGGAAGUUAAUCUCUGGUUUUCAUUACCAAAUGAGACCAUUGAUAACAUCUAAGUAUUUUAAAGUUUAUUUGGAGGCAGUGGAAAGAGCAUUGAUGUUAGAGGCAGAAGCCAAUGAUAGAAAUGUAGGAAAGGAACAGUGGAAACAAAAGAGAAAUACAGGAUCAUCUUCAGAGGGACCAUCAUGGAAGAAGAAUAAGGGUGGUCCAUCUCAGUCUCAGGGACAAUAA